UCUGAACGCUCCUUGCCGUAGCGAUCAUUUCUCAAAUUGCACUUCGAUGUUCAGCACGUGGUGGACUCCCGGUCCCGAUCCCAGGGUGGACGAGGACACGCCAAUGCCACUGCAGAUCCACAAGGCCAUCGUCGAGCAGCUCAAGCGCGAGCAUGAAAGGGCGAUGAAGAAGCUCCGAGAAUCGCACAAAGCCGAGAUCGAACGCAUGACGGCCAAGUACACGACCGAGACCAAAGACGCUGCCGCCAUGGCGCUCGAAGAGUCGCAGCGCCGGCUAAAACUUGAGGCGACGGUGCGCGAGCACGAAGCUGCGCUUCUCACGCGGCGCCUCGAAGACAUCCACGAGAUCAGCGACGUGGGCUUCCAGGCCUUCGAGGGCAACCUCGGCUUUGACACCAAGGCGUUCCCGAAUACGUCGCUUCUCGCCGGGCGGCUCGCCGACGGUACACUCGUGCUUCGUGUCCAGCUCACCGAGGCAGCGCGGCAGCUCGCGGACAGCGUCGAUCGCUUCCGGCAGUCGAUCGCCAUCAUGCAAGCGCUCAACGGGACGGACGACCAUUUGCUGCGGCUCAUUGGCGGCUGCGACCUCAACACGAACAACCCGAUCGCAUACAUCGAGUACUUUCCCGGCGCGGACCUAGAGUCGUAUUUGCAGGACCAUCCUCAUUUGUCGGAGCGCGAGAUGCUGCGAAUUGCCUUGCAGGUGGCGACGGCGCUGGCCGCAGUACACAAGAAGGCGAUGCUGCACCGCGACCUCAACUGGUCGCGCGUCUUCGUCGCCCUCGAUGGCCGUGUCAAGGUCUUUGUUGGCCUGAAAGCGCGCGAGCGACCGACGGGCAAUGUGACCAACGGCGUCUCGGCCGAGCGCUGGGGUGCGCCCGAGACUCUCCACGCGGCCGGGGUGUACUCGGACAAGAUCGACAUCUUCUCGCUCGGGCUGCUCAUCAUGACGCUCGUGACCAAGGACGUCCCGUUCUCGCACAUCAAAAAGUCGCGCAAAGACGAACCGAUCGACGAUGAUAUGCUGCGCCGCCGCCUCGAAAACAAAGCCGACGCGACGCCGAUGCUCACGCAGCCGUUUGGCGACGUGUCACCGGCGUAUACGACAUUGGUGCACGCGUGCAUUGCGUAUGACCCAACCCGCCGUCCGAGUGCGUCCGAGGUCGCACGGCGUCUCCAAGAGCAGCUCGACGAGCUCGACGAGACGGAAGCCAACGUACCGAAAAACGUCACGACGGUCCGCCCCGUCGUGGGCAUCGACGUGGUCGUCAAGCGCGCGACCGGGCUCGCUUCAACCUCCAAGAUGUACUGCACCGUCAGUAUCGCCGAUGCGAUGUUCGAGCCACUUCCGACGGGUCGCGCCUCGUGCGCCAAUGGCAUUUGCACGUGGCAGCAGACGCUGUCGUUCGCCAACGUCCAGCCGCUCGAAGGCACAUUGCAGUUCACGCUCUGGUCAGUGGGCACCCUUUUCAGCGCCGACUCGAUCACAUGUGUGGCCUCGGUCAUGCUCGAGGAACUCCUGCACUUUGCCGGCACGACGACGAGCCUCCAGGCGCCGCGCUUGACCAGCCUCGACCUCUUCUCGGAAGGCGACCGCCUUGGGUCGCUCGAAAUUGAAGUCUCGUUUACGAGUGAGAUUCGCAAGUACCUCGCGCUCUACGUCGAGGAAAAGUCCAAGCUCAUUAGCUACUACGCGACGCGGCAGACCAACUACUGCGCCGACUAUGUGCGGCGACGCGACCUCGCGGCCGUCGUGCUCGGUGUCCAAUCGCCCUGAGAUCAUUUCGGUAUCUAGAUGAAGGUGUAGAUUGAGACGGCCGAUUGUUCUGAUGUUCACUAGUGUCUUAUACUGCA